AUGCUCUUUGUUCUCUUUCUUUUUUGGGUGGUGAUCAUCCUGCCCCAACCAAUUGAACCCACCCCCUCUCUCUCUCUCCGCUCUCUCUCUCCCUCUCUCUGUGCGUCUCUCUCUCUCUCUGAGGCUCUCUCUUGUCUCUGUUUUCCUUGUUUCAUGCGUCUGUCUCUCUCUGUCUCUCUGUCCGUCUCUCCGUCUCUCUGUCUCUGUCUUCGGCUGUGCCUCUCUGUCUGUCUCUCUCGCUCUCUUCUCUCUCUCUCUCUCUCUCUCGCUUGGGGCUCGUUCUCGGUGACGCACCACGGCGCUCACAAUUCCAUUCUUGUGUCAAAACAAGGUCUGGCAGGAGCGCAUCAGACAAACGGCAGCCGUGCAGCCCCCUUCUCACCCCACUCAACCGUUCCUGGCGUUGCAACAUCAGCUCACACUCCCUGUCUGCCCGCCUUGCUGUUGACGACACCUCCAUCCUGCGCUGCCCUCUGGCUCAGGCACUUAAUGCGCUGA